AUGAAGGUGAACCGGGCUCUGCAGGUGCUGGGUUUCCUCCUCAGCCUGGCCCGGGGCUCCGAGGUGGGCAAUUCGCAGGCAGUGUGCCCUGGGACUCUGAAUGGGCUGAGUGUGACUGGCGAUGCUGAGAACCAAUACCAGACACUGCACAAGCUCUAUGAGAAGUGUGAGGUGGUGAUGGGGAACCUGGAGAUCGUGCUCACAGGACACAACGCUGACCUCUCCUUUCUGCAGUGGAUCCGAGAAGUUACCGGCUAUGUCCUCGUGGCCAUGAACGAGUUCUCUACACUGCCACUGCCCAACCUCCGAGUGGUGCGGGGGACCCAGGUCUACGAUGGAAAGUUUGCCAUCUUUGUCAUGUUGAACUACAACACCAACUCUAGCCACGCUCUGCGCCAGCUCCGCCUUACUCAGCUCACUGAGAUUCUGUCAGGGGGUGUUUACAUUGAGAAGAACGAGAAACUUUGUCACAUGGACACAAUCGACUGGAGGGACAUUGUGCGGGACCGAGAUGCUGAGAUAGUAGUGAAGAACAACGGCAAGACCUGUCCCCCCUGUCAUGAGGCCUGCAAGGGGCGAUGCUGGGGUCCUGGACCAGAAGACUGUCAGACAUUAACCAAGACUAUCUGUGCACCGCAGUGUAAUGGUCACUGCUUUGGGCCCAACCCCAACCAGUGCUGCCAUGACGAGUGUGCAGGGGGCUGCUCAGGCCCUCAGAACACAGACUGCUUUGCCUGCCGACUCUUCAAUGACAGUGGGGCCUGUGUACGCCAGUGUCCACAGCCUCUAGUCUACAACAAGCUAACUUUCCAGUUGGAACCCAAUCCCUAUACCAAGUAUCAGUAUGGAGGAGUGUGUGUAGCCAGCUGUCCCCAUAACUUCGUGGUGGAUCAAACGUCUUGUGUCAGGGCCUGUCCUCCUGACAAGAUGGAAGUAGAUAAAAAUGGACUCAAGAUAUGUGAACCUUGUGGGGGUCUGUGCCCGAAAGCCUGUGAGGGGACAGGCUCUGGGAGUCGCUUCCAGACUGUGGACUCGAGCAACAUUGAUGGAUUCGUGAACUGCACCAAGAUCCUGGGCAACCUGGACUUUCUUAUCACUGGCCUCAAUGGAGACCCCUGGCACAAGAUCCCUGCUCUGGACCCUGAGAAGCUCAAUGUCUUUCGGACAGUGCGGGAGAUCACAGGUUACCUGAACAUCCAAUCCUGGCCUCCCCACAUGCACAACUUCAGUGUCUUUUCCAACCUGACGACCAUUGGGGGCCGAAGCCUCUACAACCGGGGCUUCUCACUGUUGAUCAUGAAGAACUUGAAUGUAACGUCUCUGGGCUUCCGAUCCCUGAAAGAAAUUAGUGCUGGGCGUAUCUACAUCAGUGCCAACAGGCAGCUCUGCUACCACCAUUCCCUGAACUGGACCAGGCUGCUUCGGGGGCCUUCAGAAGAGAGACUGGACAUCAAGCAUAAUCGGCCCCGCAGAGACUGCGUGGCAGAGGGCAAAGUGUGUGAUCCACUAUGCUCUGGAGGAUGCUGGGGCCCAGGCCCUGGCCAGUGCCUAUCUUGCCGGAACUACAGCCGAGGAGGUGUCUGUGUCACCCACUGCAACUUCUUGAAUGGGGAGCCUCGUGAGUUUGCCCAUGAAGCUGAAUGUUUCUCCUGCCACCAGGAAUGCCAACCCAUGGAGGGCACUGUCACAUGCAAUGGCUCGGGCUCUGAUGCUUGUGCCCAAUGUGCCCAUUUUCGAGAUGGGCCCCACUGUGUGAACAGCUGCCCCUUUGGAGUCCUCGGUGCCAAGGGCCCCAUCUACAAGUACCCAGAUGCUCAGAAUGAAUGUCGGCCCUGUCAUGAGAACUGCACUCAGGGGUGUAAGGGACCAGAGCUACAAGACUGUUUAGGCCAACUGCUGCCACUAAUCAGCAAAACCCACCUGGCAAUGGCCUUAACAGUGGUAGUCGGGUUGGCAGUGACUUUCCUGAUCCUGGGCAGCACUUUUCUCUACUGGCGUGGACGCCAGAUUCAGAAUAAGAGGGCUAUGAGGCGCUACCUGGAACGGGGUGAGAGUGUAGAGCCUCUGGAUCCCAGUGAAAAGGCUAACAAAGUCUUGGCCCGAGUCUUCAAAGAAACAGAGCUGAGGAAGCUUAAAGUGCUGGGCUCCGGCAUCUUUGGAACUGUGCACAAAGGCGUGUGGAUUCCUGAGGGUGAAUCAAUCAAGAUUCCAGUCUGCAUUAAAGUCAUUGAGGACAAAAGUGGACGGCAAAGUUUUCAAGCUGUGACAGACCACAUGCUGGCCAUCGGCAGCCUCGACCAUGCCCACAUUGUACGGCUGCUGGGACUGUCUCCAGGGUCAUCUCUGCAGCUCGUCACUCAGUACUUGCCUCUGGGCUCCCUGCUGGAUCACGUGAGACAACACCGUGGGGCGCUGGGGCCACAGCUGCUGCUCAACUGGGGAGUACAAAUUGCCAAAGGAAUGUACUACCUUGAGGAACAUGGCAUGGUGCAUAGGAACCUGGCUGCCCGAAAUGUGCUACUAAAAUCACCUAGCCAGGUUCAGGUGGCAGAUUUUGGGGUUGCUGACUUGCUGCCCCCUGAUGAUAAGCAGCUACUGUACAAUGAAGCCAAGACUCCAAUGAAGUGGAUGGCCCUGGAGAGUAUCCAUUUUGGGAAAUACACACACCAGAGUGACGUCUGGAGCUAUGGAGUGACAGUUUGGGAGCUGAUGACCUUUGGGGCAGAGCCCUAUGCAGGGCUGCGACUGGCUGAAAUACCAGACCUGCUGGAGAAGGGGGAGCGGUUGGCACAACCCCAGAUCUGUACCAUUGAUGUCUACAUGGUCAUGGUCAAGUGUUGGAUGAUUGAUGCGAACAUUCGCCCGACCUUUAAAGAACUAGCCAAUGAGUUCACCAGGAUGGCCCGAGACCCACCACGGUAUCUUGUCAUAAAGAGAGAGAGUGGGCCUGGAACUACCCCUGGGGCAGAGCCCCCGCCUCUGACAAACAAGGAACUGGAGGAAGUAGAGCUGGAGCCAGAACUAGACCUGGACCUGGAGUUGGAGGCAGAGGAGAAUCCGGCAGCUACACUAGGCUCUGCCCUUAGCCUGCCAAUUGGAACACUUAAUCGACCACGUGGGAGCCAGAGCCUUGUAAGUCCAUCAUCUGGAUAUAUGCCUAUGAACCAGGGAAAUCUUGGGGAGGUUGGCCAGGAGUCCGCAGUUUUUGGAGGCAAUGAACGGUACCCCCGUCCAGCCUCUCUGCACCCAAUGCCACGGGGACGCCUGGCAUCAGAAUCAUCGGAGGGCCAUGUGACAGGCUCCGAGGCUGAGCUCCAAGAGAAGGUGUCUAUGUGUAGGAGCCGGAGCCGGAGCCCACGGCCAAGGGGAGACAGUGCCUACCAUUCCCAGCGCCACAGCCUGCUUACUCCUGUCACCCCACAGUCCCCACCAGGGUUAGAGGAAGAGGAUGUCAAUGGUUAUGUCAUGCCAGAUGCACACAUCAAAGGUACCUCCUCCCGGGAAGGCACCCUUUCUUCAGUGGGUCUCAGUUCUGUUCUGGGUACAGAAGACGACGAUGAUGAGGAAUAUGAAUACAUGAACCGGAGGAGAAGGUGCAGUCCAUCUCGUCCUCCUAGGCCAAGUUCCCUCGAGGAGCUGGGUUAUGAGUACAUGGAUGUGGGAUCAGACCUCAGUGCCUCCCUGGGCAGCACACAGAGUUGCCCACUCAACCCCGUGCCCAACAUGCCCAACGCCAGCACAACUCCAGAUGAGGACUAUGAAUAUAUGAAUCGGCGACGUGGUGGAGGAGGCCCUGGGGGGGACUAUGCAGCCAUGGGUGCCUGCCCAGCCUCUGAGCAAGGGUAUGAAGAAAUGAGAGCUUUCCAGGGGCCUGUACUCCGUGGGCCCCAGGUCCACUAUGCCCGCCUCAAAGCUUUACGUAGUUUAGAAGCCACUGACUCUGCCUUUGAUAACCCUGAUUACUGGCAUAGCAGGCUUUUCCCCAAAGCUAAUGCCCAGAGAAUAUAA